AUGGUGAUAGCUGACAAAGAGAACCCCGAGGAGCCAGUCGUUGAUCCGAUCGACACACCAAUAGUGGGGGUUGAAAUUGAAGUCACGGAAGUCGAUAUACUGCUAAAGAGGCUGGAGAUGGUGCUGGCAGAAGUGGCUGUCGAUCCUCUGAUCAGACCGACACUAAAGGCAGAAGAGCCGCUAGUUGAGGUGGAGCCUAAGGAUGCCGUGAUCGAUGAACUUGAUAUAGAGGACAUGGUCUCUGACGAGCUCGAACCUGUCACGGAGGUGGUGCUAGAUGAGCUGCUAUUCGGAGUUGAUGAACCAGAAUUAUUGCUAGGGGAGUUUAGACCGGCGAACGAACUUAUGCUCGAAGUGGUGGUAGAUGCAGAGACAGCUCCAGUACUGAAACUGGAAGAGCCGCUUGUUGAGGUUGUCAUCCCAGAGAUGCUGUUAGAUGAGCUUGGUGAAGUCACAGAGACUGUGCUUAAUAGACCAGUCGUAGAUGAACUGAAUAGAUUGCUGGAUGAGCCUGUGGUCGACUCAGAGUCACGUCCGGCACCGAAGCUGGAAGUAGCAGAUGAGGUUGUCAAAAUGUUGGUUGUUCCUGAGCCAGUACUGUUGGUAGUAGAGGAGGUUGUCAAAGUACUGAUUGUUUCAGAGCCUAUUACUGAAAGUGGACCCAAAAAUGGUGCCGCCGGAAAAGCUUGA